AUGCCCUACUCCUCGCCGCCGCCACCACCGUCCGACCCAGCGGGGAACCUGCCGUUGCCGCCCGUCCACGGCGUGUCCUACUCGUCGCCCCCGCCGCCGCUCCCGCCCGUGUACCCCGUGUCCUACUCGUCGCCCCCACCGCCGCUCCCGCCCGUCUACGGUGUGUCCUACUCGUCGCCCCCGCCGCCUGCGACGCCGUACAAGAGCAACUAG